AUGGCGCCCUCUCUCACGGUCGCGACAAAGUACGGCCCCGUGGUCGGCUAUAGCGAUACGUAUCCGCUAAGCAACGAAUCAACCGCCAAGCUCGAUCCCGCGCACGGGGGCAGAGCUCCCGUUCUGAAGUGGCUGGUGCGUAUAAUCUACUCGAAACGGUAGACCAUAGAGAGAAUCGGUGGCCCUGCAGCUGGGCGGGAACGGUGCAGGUGCAGGGCGCCACAUUGCGCCAAGUCGUGUCGUGUCCUAUGGGGGUCGCGCAGUCUUCUGUCAUGGGUGUCGGUAAGAUGCACUUUACUGACGGCUCACUAUACCCCAUAGGGUAUACCAUACGGUCAAGCUGGUCGUUGGGAACGUCCCUCAGCCCCGGCACCAUGGACUGAGCCGCGUGAGUGCCACGAAUUUGGCACCAUGUUCCCUCAACCCCCGAGCGGAGCGGGAGAAUUGUGAGUCAUCUAUGCCACAGUGCGCCUCAAUUUACGUGACAGGCCUGACUUAUAUACCCCCUUCCGCGUAUCGUUCAGCUUUACUCCUCUCUUCUCCAACUUUACUCGGGCCUUCGUAAAGCAGAGCGAAGAUUCCUUCACGCUCAAUGUGUUUGCCCCCGAGGGCACGACCGCGGACUCCCAAGAACGAAUUCCGGUCAUGUUCUGGAUCUAUGGAGGCAGUCUCAACAACGGUUCUAGCGAUUUGGUCAUGUACGACAGCACCGAGUGGAUCCGAGCUCAGGCGGAGCAAGGGAAGAAGUUCAUCGUCGUCACGGCCAACUACCGCACCAAUAUCUGUGGCUUCUUCAGCGGUGUCGACGUCAAGGCCGCCGAUGAACAAGGUCUCUCGGGCAACUACGGAGCUUACGACGUUAUCCAGGCGCUCACAUGGGUGAGUGCAUUCACCUGCCCUGGUCCAGCCUGACGCGCAGGGCGUGCGUGGCAGGUCGGGCAAAACUUCCAACAACGAUGAGCUAAUUCCUUCCUUCGUUUUCUGACCGUUUACAGGUUCAAGAAAAUAUUGCUGCUUUUGGUGGUGAUCCUGGAAAUGUGACCUUGUUCGGAGAAAGCGCCGGCUCUUUCCUCGUCAGCACAUUGCUCGUCUGUGGCAAGCGACUCUUCCGCCGCGCCAUCAUGCAGUCCGGAGCGGCAGAAACGAUGGUGAGUUGAGGUCAGACUUCAGACUGGUGGCCAACUUGCUUUCGGAUAUUCACGGAAACUCGAAUCGGUAGAGCACAUUUCCUGUUGAGCGCGCCUACGGUGCUUAUUCGACCAUUCUUAAUCUGCACGGCCCGGGGGGAGCCACCCCCCAAGCCAGAAUCAACGCGCUCCGAAGCGUGCCCAUCAACGACCUCAUCAAGACCCACAUCGAGACCUAUGCCUUCACCGGUAUCUCCCUGACCAUCGAGGAAGGUCCUCAUGCGAUCUGGCCCGAGAAGGUCAUCGAUCGACUUGAACGCGGCGAAUGGGAUGAGUGGGUCGAAGCGGUCAUUAUCGGCACGAACGAGCACGAAGGGAGCAUGUUUGCAUACACCCUGAAGGUAGGUAUAUUGUCACUCCUUUACAGGCUCGUGAACUCCACUACAAUCAUCUGAGCUGAUUCAAACGUGGCUUCCUUCCCUCUGGCCAUCGACCAGGUCGCCUCCGAAGCCGGCUAUUCCGCUCUAGUGUCCAAGUUCCCGCCAUCCCUUCAGACCGAGAUCAACAAAAAGUACCUCGCCAAUGGAUCAUACCCUACUGAAGUAGAUCUCUUCGAAUCUCCAGCAAGCAAAGUGCUCGGUGACCAAAUCUUCGUCGUACCUGCUUGGCGUCAAGCGCAAGCGCUGGCGCGGCAACCAAACAAGAAGAGCGGUCGCAAAACGCGCGUGUACAUGUACCGCUUCCGGGAAGUGGUCGAUCGUCUCGAAAAAAUCCUUCCCAUGAAGCUUGGGUCAAUGUCGGUUCCUUUUUUGAGACUGUUGGCUUGAACCUGCCGAGGUAGGACGUUGACGCAAUGCUCCUCUGCCCCUCAUUUCACAAUAGGCAUGCGCUCGAGAUCGCCUUCAUCUUCAACCUCGAGAUCGUAUGGGGCCCGGGCACUCGCGAGUCCCAAACUGCUGCAGCGAUGGGAUCUAUGUGGGCCAACUUUGCCAUCAACGGUAACCCAGGUCAGGGCAAAGAUUCCCUCUUGCUCGUGGCUCCUUUUACCUGAAGGCUAAAUUCGAUCCGUUCCAACAGAUCCGAACUGGCGACCAUUCACAUCCGAACAGCCGUCUUGGCUGGCGAUCGAAACCGGAGGCAAGACCGAGAACGAGUCCUUGGUUGAUUACCAAGACACUUUGGUGGACUUCACAGGCAGGAAUUUCGCCACUUGA